GUUCCUGGAAUUUAAAAAAAAAAAAAAUCCAACUUCUUUGGCUAUCUAAGUGGAGUUUUUCCCAAGAUACUCUGCUGAGUUCCUUCAAACAGAAGAAAUAUGCAUUUAUUCUGCUUGAUCUAGUGACAAUUUCCUUGUAACUGUUUUACCUCUCGUAAAGAAUGGAGGAUUCAAGAACAACAAACUUAAAAGAUACAUACGGCGAGUGAGAAAUAACAGAAAUAAUUCUCAAUACUUCUUCUUCUUCUGAAAUCGUGAUGUUUCAAUUCUCCUGACAUUGAGCCCGUUCCUGAAAAUGAGAUUGGAUACAAUUGGUCUUCUCAGCUUCUUCUGGCACCUGACAGGUGCAAUUCUGGAUAUCACUCUGGUGGCCAAUGUUCUGAGUCCCUCAUACAACCACUUCUACCUGUCCUGUGUGACAGGUGAGCGGAACAUAAGCCUCCAGAUUGACAGAGACAAUGCCAUGAUCAAGACCACAUCUAAGUUCCAGAUAUACAGGAACAGCAGCAAGGAAGUGCAUAUGCGAGGUUUUUCUCGAGCAGGCCUCGUGGGCAUCACAUACUGCCUGGGGAAGUCACAGUCAGAGCAAACUAGAGUUGUUUAUGUACACAACGAUAUUAACGCCAACCUGGUCCCAGAGAAAGUAACCCACACAAUCAGUCUUUCCCAAUCAGCCAUACUUGUUGCCAGGAUAAAGAAUGGGAAGAAAACAGAUAUCUGGUGGAAAAGGAAUGGGACUUACUAUGACACGAUGCACCAGGGUGAGUUAAAGGACAGUAAGUCCAUUCUGGUCCUGUCAUCAGUUACCAUGGGUGAUGGUGGGAUUUACAGCGCCACAUUUAUAGAGGACAGCCCUUUGUCAAGUGCCUUCUUCAGACUGAUUGUACGAGGUUGUGCAGCCAAGAAAUGGGGCUCAUUUUGUGACAAAGACUGUCCUGAUUGCUUAAAUGGAGGCAUCUGCCAUCACAUUGUGGGAGAAUGUAUCUGUCCUCCAGGAUUCAUGGGUACCCGCUGUGAAAAAGCAUGUAGGGAAGGCCGGUUUGGGCGAAACUGCCAAGAGAUGUGUCCUAGUGAGCAGGGCUGCAGAGGCUUAUCCUUCUGUCUGCCUGACCCAUAUGGCUGUUCCUGUGCUGCUGGAUGGAGUGGAGUACAAUGCAACUCAGCUUGUUCUCCUGGCAAAUACGGUCCUGACUGUACCCUGGAAUGUAACUGCCAGAACGGAGGCACCUGCAAUCGAUUUAGCGGCUGUAUCUGUUCAUCUGGUUGGCAUGGGCAGCAUUGUGAAAAAUCAGACCGUAUACCCCAGAUCAUCAACUUGGAGUCUCACUUGGAGUUUAACCUAGGCUCCCAGAUCAUAGCUACCUGCAUAGCAACAGGCAAUCCACCUCCUGUACGUGAUAACAUUGAACUACGCAAGCCCGAUGGAACAGUGAUAAUACCCACAAAAGCCAUCAUGGAAAAGGACAUGACAACCUGUGAGUUUCAAGUCUCACAAGUGGUCUCUUCUGACUCUGGCCUCUGGGAAUGCCGUGUCUCUACUACUGGGGGACAGGACAGUGGCAAGUUCAAAGUUACUGUAAAAGUGCCUCCAGUGCCAUUAUCCCCUCCCAAACUUCUGGCCAAGAAGAGCCAACAGCUGGUGAUAUCCCCUGUGGGGCCUGUGGCAGGUGAUGGACCCCUCAUCUCCAUCAAAGUCCUAUAUAAACCCCAAAUUGGAAGUAGCUGGUCAUCUAUUGAAGCAGUUGAUAACAUCCAAAACAUCACUCUCAUGAACCUGCGACCUGUCACGGCCUAUAUUGUAAAGGUUCAGCUGACACGGCCUGGAGAGGGAGGUGAAGGUGCCACAGGCCCAAGUGCUGUCAUGGCAACAGAUUGCAAAGAGCCAACAGCCAAACCUGUAAUUGAACGCUCAAUUAUUGAAGGGAGCAACAAUCUACGUGUCAACUGGAAUUUGCCCAAAACUGAUAAUGUGGGGUCAGGAUUUCUUGUCCGGGUCUAUGAUGCAGCCAAAGAGCUUGUUCAUCAAGAAAACGUUACUUCCAUGAUUGUGCAGUCAGCAUAUAUUCCGAACCUCAAGUUCAAGGAGAACUAUAACCUAGAAGUAAUGGUCUAUCACUGUACCAGCUUGGGACCACCAUCUGAUCUCCACCCAUUCAAGAUCAACAGUAAAGGACCCUCAUCGCCACGCUCUCUCUUGGUGAACCCUCUCGCUGAUAACUCCAUCAGGCUAUCCUGGCUAGCUCCUGAAUACUCUAAUGGGGGCAUCAACAAAUACAUUGUAGAGGUGCAGCAGCUGGGAGGCAGCAGUGAUCCACAAUGGAUAGACACAGAGAAUGGCAGGGAUACCACAAAGAUUAUCACAGGGCUUAAUGCCAGCACAAUCUACCAGUUUCGGGUGCGAGCCAAGUCUUACGUGCUGGGCGAGUGGAGCCAGCCCGCGAGAGCUGAAAUCCUGGGUGAUGGAGCCCUGAGCCAAGUGCCUACUCUAGAAAGUAAAAACUUACCUCCAAGUCUCAUGGACCAGCAAUUGAUAUUAGCCAUCGUUGGCUCUGUCUCUGUCACCUGCUUGACCAUAUUGUUUGCUCUCCUGGCCCUUUUCCUCAUCAAGAAGAAUUGUUUUCAUCGCCGCCGCACCUUUACCUACCAGUCUGGCUCAGGAGAAGAAACUAUUCUGCAAUUCAACUCAGGCACCCUGACCCUGACCCGCCGGCCCAAACCACAGCCUGAGCCACUCAGCUAUCCCAUCCUGGAGUGGGAAGACAUCAAGUUUGAGGACAUGAUAGGGGAAGGGAACUUUGGACAAGUCAUACGAGCCAUGAUCAAGAAAGAUGGGCUGAGAAUGAAUGCUGCCAUCAAGAUGCUGAAAGAAUUCGCCUCUGAGAAUGAUCACCGGGAUUUUGCUGGAGAACUUGAAGUUCUUUGCAAGCUGGGGCAUCAUCCCAAUAUCAUCAACUUGCUGGGAGCCUGUGAGAACAAGGGUUACCUAUACAUCGCUAUUGAAUAUGCACCCUAUGGGAAUUUGCUAGACUUCCUACGCAAAAGCCGAGUGCUGGAGACAGAUCCUGCCUUUGCCAGAGAGCAUGGGACAGCCUCAACCCUCACAUCCCAGCAACUCUUGCAGUUUGCAUCUGAUGUAGCCAAAGGCAUGCAAUAUCUGAGUGAAAAACAGUUUAUCCAUCGAGACCUGGCUGCCAGAAAUAUAUUGGUUGGUGAAAACUUGACCUCCAAGAUUGCUGAUUUUGGUUUGUCCCGAGGAGAAGAAGUUUAUGUAAAGAAGACAAUGGGACGUUUACCGGUUCGUUGGAUGGCUAUUGAAUCCUUGAAUUACAGUGUAUACACAACUAAGAGUGAUGUGUGGUCUUUUGGGGUCCUUUUGUGGGAAAUUGUGAGCUUGGGAGGGACACCAUAUUGUGGCAUGACGUGUGCAGAGCUUUAUGAAAAGUUACCGCAAGGAUACCGCAUGGAGAAGCCUCUCAAUUGUGAUGAUGAAGUGUAUGAAUUAAUGCGUCAAUGCUGGCGGGACCGGCCAUAUGAACGUCCACCAUUUGCUCAGAUCUCAGUGCAGCUCAUUCGCAUGCUAGAAGCUAGGAAGGCAUAUGUGAACAUGGCAUUAUUUGAGAACUUCACUUAUGCAGGAAUUGAUGCAACGGCCGAGGAGGCAUGAGGACUUAACUUUCAACUUGGCAAUAAAUAUAGCCCAGAUAAUUGGGACUUUCUUAUGUAUUUGCCUCAUGAUGAUGUCAACAAUUUAUCAUACAGACUGUGCUGGGCACAGUGUACAGAUGGGUGCUGUUAGUUUAGAAGAUCCUGCAGGAAUCUAACAUGUCAACUUUUCCUAGAGCGGAGGAGAGUACCUUUGAAUGGAUUGGUCCAAAAUGUGGAGCUUUUGAAAAUCAAACUUUAAAUGUAUUUCCUGUGUAAGAGAGAGGCCCCUCACUCCAAGGGAGAACAUUGUCUAAACUGCUCCACCAUACUGAGGAAAAAAAAUAUCAGAAGUUUGGGAUCCAGUCAAGGACACCAUGAUUACAAUGCACACCAUACAAGAAAGGACAGGCUCACAUUAUUGCAAAAUUCCUUGGACAGUAUUACUGAAAAGGUGGAGCAGUUGGCAAACAAUGCAAUUCCUUCCAGAACCCAAUUCUCCAAGGAAUAACAUCUAUCCAUAAUGAUCAGUUUUGUUAGCCCUAUUAACUAAUUCAGAUCAAGAAAGCAACUCCACAGG